AGCGUACAUUACUUUUUUGUUGACAAACCUAUGAAAUAUAGAAAAUGACCUAGUAAGAUAAUUUUCAGUACUCUUUUACCUGUUAUUCAACACCACUAACUUGACAAACAGUUUAUAAGUAGUAGAUUUUAUUCCUUGAACUUACGUGGUUGACAGCAUAUGAUGCCCUGCCUAGUUUCUGGUUUUGGAAGUAUUGGCAGAGCACUUGUAUCUGAGCACCAAAUUUUUGAUUUGAGCAGGCCGUGCACAUUGCUGUCACUAUGAGCUGCCGCAAAUUGAGUAUUUUUGCUUGGCUGUUUGUCACCUCCAUUGGAAUUGUCUUUUUUAUUUAUUUUCAGGAAAACCUAGCAGUGUACAAGCUCACUUUCUCUUUGAACUUUAAGACUAUCAUCUCAAAACAGGAUUAUGAGGAAAACACCACCAGAGUCAUGACCUUAAAUGUCACAGGUCGUUCCGAAUCAGUGCCUGUCACAGAGUUUGAACAAGAGACAGAAAAUGCGUCUACACCUGGCAUCGAUCCCGAGACCCCCAUGCCCAUCCUCUUUGAAGCCAACUUCUCCAAACUUCCCAUUUGGGAUUUCGAAGACGUAUACAACCAGGAUGCUGCACCCAUAAACACAGUGUGUCCACAAUCUUUGAGGAAUUCCAUGGACGUGAGCUUCAAGAAAGUGUUCCUCCCCAAAAUACGCUUGUUCCUACACAAGAACAACCUCAACAUGAGCGAGUGGAACAGACUCUCGCAUUUCAACCUUCCUUUUGGCUUUAUGGAUUUCUCUUAUAAUGAUGUAAUGUCCUCAGUCAAGUUGAUCCCAGUGCCAAAGGAGCCUUUCCUCUCUCCAAAGGCUGGCGGCGACGGUUGUAUUCGUUGCGCCGUGGUGGGCAACGGCGGCAUCCUGAAUGGCUCCAAUAUGGGGAAAGAAAUCGACGCGCACGAUUACAUCUUUCGGAUGAACGGCGCAGUCACUGAGGGUUGCGAGGAUGAUGUGGGGAACAAAACGUCCGUCUACUUCCACACAGCUCACUCCAUCACUGCGUCUUUGUAUUUGUUCAAGAAAUACGGCUACAAGUCUGCCCCCCACGAUGAGGGCAUCAAAUAUGUGAUGCUUACAGAGAAAAUGAGGGACUUCCAGUGGCUUCAAGGACUCCUCCGUGGAGAGAGGGUGCAGUUUGGCCCGUACAAAAACAAUGAACCCCGGACGUUCUACUCAGGGCAGUACAACGAAAGCCGUUUCUACGUCCUGCAUCCAGAUUUCUCGCGAUAUUUGCGCAACAGAUUCCUUAAAUCUCCUUUCCUGAAUAAAACUUUCUGGCAUAUUGUCCGACCCACCAAUGGUGCUUUUGCACUCUUCCUGGCUCUCCACACGUGUGAUAUAGUUGAUGCAUACGGCUUCAUCACGAAAGACUACACGAAAUACCCCUCCUACUAUUUCCAAAAGCAUGAAAAGAUCCGUAUGAUUUUGUACGUAAAUCACGACUACCAUCUGGAAAGGAAAACCUGGGAGAACCUGCACAACAGUAAAGUUAUGCGUCUCUAUCAAAGAACUGAAAAGGAACCCCAUCGAAAGACCUAACUGGAAACAAAUACUAAAGUGGCAGGUUAUGGCCAGUCCUCUGCUGGCCUAAACACUACCAAAAAUCAAUGAGCAUUUGUAAUUAACACAUUGUUUUUUUUUCCCAACAGUCCAUUCUUUUUCUUCAAACUAUAAUAGAUGAAAUAGUAAACUUCAUAGUAGAUGUAUUCAAAUCUGCGGCAGCCUUAAUUUUCACCAGGAGGGGUCGCUGUUACCCACUCUUAAAAGAAAUCACCCUUUUAACAAACAG